AUGGUCUCGAAGGAGCCUCCCCUCGGUCAGACAGAUCCCUCACGAUGGCGACUGCGAGUCUCGGACGGCGGUCGACACGUGUGGCACUACCUUCGCGAUGACGCGGAGUGCAAAGCAUGGCCUCAGACUGUCGAAGACAAAUACUGGCUCGGUCUCGCAACCGACCUCCCUAAGCUACCCAAAGCAAAGACACCACUCGACGCUGCCAAGAACGGCCUCUCCUUCUACCGCCAUCUUCAGUCCUCCGACGGCCACUGGGCGGGCGAAUAUGGCGGACCCAUGUUUCUUCUGCCCGGCAUCAUCAUUGGCAUGUACGUCACAAAGACGCCCAUCCCAGAAGAGUGGAAGAUCGAGGUUGCGCGCUAUCUGUGGAACCGUGCCGACAAGGAAGAUGGCGGCUGGGGCAUUCAUAUUGAAGGCUGCUCGACCGUCUUCGGUACGGCGCUCAACUACACUGUCCUGCGUCUCAUCGGUGUGCCCGCUGAUCAUCCAAUGAUGGUCAAGGCACGCGGCACACUGCACAAGCUCGGCGGCGCGGCAGGCAUCCCAUCAUGGGGCAAACUCUGGCUCGCGAUUCUCAACUGCUACGAAUGGGAAGGAAUGAACCCAAUCCCGCCCGAGUUGUGGCUGCUGCCCGACUGGCUGCCCAUCCACCCAUGGAGAUGGUGGAUCCACACCCGCAUGGUCUAUAUUCCCAUGGGAUAUCUGUGGGGACGCAAGUUCAAGGCCGAGAUGGAUCCGCUCAUUGCCUCGUUACGAGAGGAGCUCUACGUGCAGCCCUACGAGUCUAUCAACUGGCCGGCACAGAGAGGCAACGUCGCCGCCGUCGACACCUUCUAUCCACACACCAAGACGCUCAAGACACUCAUGGCUCUCGUUGGCGCGUAUGACAACUGCCACAUCCCUCCUCUGCGCAAAGCAGGCAUCAAGAAGGCGUACGAGCUGCUAGUGCUCGAGGACGAGAACACCUCGUAUCAAUGCCUUGGGCCCGUCAACAAGAUGCUCAAUUACAUUGCGCGGUGGGACGUCGAGGGGCACGACAGCCAUGCGAUGCGAAUGCACCGUGAGAAGCUCAAGGACUUUAUGUGGGUCGGAGCCGAGGGCAUGAUGAUGACCGGCACCAACGGCAGUCAGUUGUGGGACACGUCGUUCAUCGCGCAGGCUAUGGUCGACUCUGGACUUGCUGCAUCAGCUGAGAACAAACAACUGACGCAAAAGCUGCUUGACUGGCUGGACGAGUGUCAGAUCCGCGACAACCCGCAGCAUUUCAAGAGCUGCUACCGCUUCGCCACCAAGGGCGCAUGGCCCUUCUCGACCAAGGAGCAAGGCUACGUGGUCUCCGACUGCACUGGUGAAGGGCUCAAAGCGGUCAUUAUGCUGCAAGAAAACGUGCCCUACCUCAAGAAGCAGGUCUCACGCGAACGCAUGCACGAUUCGAUCGACCUCCUGCUCACCAUGCAGAACCCGGGCGGCGGCUUUGCGUCGUACGAGACCAUCAACGGCCCGGCGCUGCUCGAGCUCAUCAACCCCGCCGAGGUCUUUGGCGACAUUAUGAUCGAGUACGCCUACCCGGAAUGCACCACCUCGGUCGUCACGGCGCUGCUCAAGUUCACCAAGAUCGACGACUACCGCAAGGCGGACAUCAAGAAGUGUGUCGACAGCGCGGUGGGAUACAUCCUCAACGCGCAGAGGCUGGACGGAAGCUGGUUCGGCUCGUGGGCCAUCUGCUUCACCUACGCGACCAUGUUUGCGGUCGAGAGUUUGAUGCUGGCGGGUCACACGUACGACAAUAGCGAGGCGAUCCGAAGCGCAUGCGAUUUCUUGGAGAGCAAACAGAUGGACGACGGCGGCUGGGGCGAGACGUACAAGUCGUGCGAGCUCGGAGAGUACACGCACGCCGAAAAGUCGCAGGUCGUACAAACGGCGUGGGUCGUCAUCACCCUGCUCCACGCCAAAUACCCAAAGAAGGACCGCAUCAAGAAGGCGGUCAAGGUGAUCAUGGACCGUCAGCUCGAGGAUGGCUCGUGGAAGCAGGAACAGAUCGAGGGCAUCUUCAACAGGAAUUGCGCCAUCUCGUAUCCGAACUACAAGUUCAGCUUUACGAUUUGGGCGUUGGGCAAGGCUGCGCGCGAGCUCGAUUGGAAGUCCUAG